AUGCCUUUACCACUUCAAGAAUUAGAUCCUGAUUUUUAUAUAUCUUUCAAUUAUCCAAUUGAUGAAGAAACUAAAAAAGUUAAUUCAACAACUGAUAAAUCAUUAUAUAAAUUAAUUGAAUUAUUAUAUGAAAAAGGAUUUUCAGCAACUAUAAGACCAGGAGAACCAAAUAUUUUAUUAAUUUUUAUAAGAUUAGCUCCUUAUAAAUUUAUUGAAGAAGCAGAAAAAGAUUUAAUAAAAAAUUAUGAAUUUGGUGUAACAUCAAAAGAUGAUCAAUUAAGUUCAAGAUUUAGAAUUAUAUUUCUGUAUUUAACAACUAAUGAAAAAAUUGGUGGUUGUGGUAUAACUCCAAGAGAAAAACCAUGGGAAAAUGUUUUAGAUAUUGUCCCCAUUACAACAGCAUUUGAUGAAACUUUUUUAAUUGAAGAAUUAAAAUCAAAUUUUACAAAUCAUGAUUUAUCAACAAAUCAAAUUAAAAAAAUUUAUGGUGUUCAAAUUGCUUUAUAUUUUGAAUUUUUUAAAUAUUAUAUAUAUUGGUUAAUUGGUUUAAGUGUUUUAGGAAUUUUCCAAUUUUUUAAAAAAUCAAAAACUUAUUCUUUAACUUAUUCAUUUAUAAAUUUAAUUUGGGGUACUUUUUUUAUAAAUUAUUGGCAUAGAAAAGAACAAUAUUUAGUUAAUUUAUGGGGAGUUCAAAAUAGUCAUUUAAUUCAAGAACAUAAAUCCGAAUUAGCUAAAUUAAAUGAAAAAUAUGAAGAAAAAUCAACUUAUGUUCAUCAAAAUAAUGUAAAUGGUUAUAGAUUUCUCAAGCAAUUAUUUUUUAUACCAAUUGCCCUUGGAUUUGUUGGAAUUUUAGUAAGUUAUCAAUUAGGUUGCUUUUUUAUUGAAAUUUUUUUAACUGAUUUAUAUGAUGGUCCAGGAAAAUCUUUAUUAACUUUAUUACCAACUAUUUUAAUAUCAGUUUUUAUACCAAUUUUAACAAUUGUGUAUAAUUUAGUUGCUGAAUUUUUUAUAAAAUUAGAAAAUCAUGAUAAUCAUAGUAGUAAAAAUAAUUCAAUUAUUGUUAAACAAUUUAUUUUAAAUUUUUUGGUUAGUUAUGCACCAUUAUUAAUUACUUCAUUUUUAUAUUUACCAUUUGCUCAUUUAGUUGGUCCUCAUUUAGGAGAUAUAAAAUCAACAAUUUCAACAUAUGUUGGAGAAAAUAGAUUUUAUACAAAAUAUUUAACAAAAUUAAAAUCUCAAAAGGAAUUUCAAAUAAAUCAAGGUAGAUUAGAUUCUCAAUUUUUUUAUUUUAUUUUUACAAAUCAAAUUAUUCAAGCAAUUUUAAAAUAUGUGGUACCAUUAGUUUUAUCAAAAGCUAUUAGAUUUUAUCAAUUAAAAAUUCAAAAAAAACCUCAAUUACAAACUAAAGAUGAUAAUUCUCAUGAAGCUAUAUGGUUACAUAAUGUUCGUAAUUCUUUAAGUUUACCAGAAUAUGAUGUUGAUUCAGAUAUGAGAAGUUUAAUUAUUCAAUAUGGUUAUUUAAUUAUGUUUGGUUCUGUAUGGCCAUUAGCUCCAUUAAUUUCAGUAAUAUUUGAUAUUUUAUUUUAUAAAUUAGAUAAUUUUAAAUUACAAAGUGGUAGAUAUUUUAAACCUCCAAUUCCAAAAAGAGUUGAUUCUAUUCAUCCUUGGAAUUGGGCUUUAUUUUUAUUAACUUGGAUUGGUUCAGUUGUUCAACCUGUUGUUACUGCAUUUUAUCGUCAUGGUACUGCACCACCAAAAUCAAUGGGUCAAUUUGCUUUCGAUAAAGCAAGUGUUCAUGUUUCAUCAUCAGUUUAUUUUACUUUAUUAAUUUUAUUUACAGAACAUGGUUUUUUAAUCUUGAGUUAUAUUUUAUAUAAAUUAGGUAAUUUAUUUAAAAGUGAUAUUGAAUGGGAAAAUGAUUUUGUUGAUAACGAUAUGAAAUUAAGACAUGAUUAUUAUUCAAAUAGUGUUAAACCAACUAUAAAAGUAAGAGAUAUAAAAGCUUGGGAACAAUUUAAUCCUGAAAAUACUUUACAAUUUAGACCUCCAGUUGCUGUACCAACUGAUGAAUCAUUAGAUGUUGAAAAAAUCCCUUUAAAAAAGCAAGGUUUUACUACAUCAUUAGAAUCUUCAGAAACAACUGUUCAUUCACGUUCUGAACAAGCAAAAUUAAUUGCUGAAAAAGAAAAAUUAUUAAGAGAAAGACAAGCUGAAUUACAAAGAUUAGAAAAAGAAAAAAAAUAUGGACCUGAUGCUGUCAGUGCUUCUGAUUAUGAUAAUUUAAAUAAAUCGAAAGAUGAAGGUGAUUCAAUAAUUGAAUCAAAAUCAGAACCAAAAGGUCAGAAAAAAUAUAGUACAAUUGAUAAUAAUAAACAUCGUAGUGAUAAUAUUCAAGGUGCUUCAGUAUUACCACCAUCACCAAAUGAUAAAUUUGGUGAAGUACCAACUGAUAAAUAUACAACUGAUACUACUCCAUCAGCUAAAGCUGCUGCUGCUGCUCCAGGAGCUGCUGGUUUAACUACUGCAGCAGGUGCACCAAAGAAAUCAGAAAAAGAUGGAAAUAAUUCUAAUUCAAAUAAUUCGAAAAAGGAUAAUAAAUCAUCGAGUGAUUCAACUUCUACACCUUCAACAAAUUCAAAUUCAAAUUCAAAUUCCAAUAAUUCAAGAAAUAAAGAUCAAGUUAAUGUGGUUGAUGAUGAAAAAGAAUAUAAGAAAUUAGCUAAUGAAACAGAUAAAGAAUCAAAACAUAAGAAAAGUGGAUUAAAAAAAUUAUUCAACAAAAUAUAA